AACACGACGAAGAGCAAGCGUCGGAAGUGACGGAAAAAGCGCUUUGUGGUUUGUUGAUGUUUGUGUCAAACUCUCGCUCGUUCUUACGAAAGAAAAGCCUCGAACCCCAAAGGAACACAGUCGUUUUGUAACACUCGUAUUUAAAUCACCGAUGUCAGGACGGGUGUAAUUAUUCAUGUGUCGAGUCAGACUGCUCAUAAACAAGUGAAAAGCCGUGUAUUCUGUCUGGACAACUCAUAACAACACAAAUCACAGCAAGCUGGCCAGCUAUGACAAUUCUCCCGAAAAAGAAACCGGCCUCGACAGUCGGUGGCGGCGAUCACACCGAUGAACCGGAUAGACGAGGCGGCUCUGAACCUCAUUCACACCCUCAUCCCCUCGGAGGACGACCGGGCCCGAGACCCAGGGCCUCUCCGCCGCCGUGGUCUUCCAGAGAGGAGCGGCGGAUAGAGACGAGCGCUCGCCCGCAGCCGGCCUCCCCGCAGCCCGGUCCCGCUGGAGCUCCGGUCGGGCAGUGUGAAGGCAGCGCGAACUCGGUUGGAGGUCGUGUUGAGUUACCGUGCGGCACAGGUGUCGUUGGAAGCUGCUUCUCGGGACCUGGACUCAGCAAGCGGAGACGGCAGGCGGUUUGCUCCAGCGGUUUGACAGGUGGAGGAGGAAGAGUGGGGGGAGGAGGAGGAAGUCCUGCAUCGGAACCCGAGGAAGGAGCAGGAGGCAACAACAGUGAGGACGAGUAUGAGAAUGCGGACAGACUUCAGCUUGUGGAUCCAGUCACAGUCGAGCAGCAAGAAGAAUGGUUUGAGAAAGCCCUGAGGGAAAAGAAUGGCUUCGUAAUAAAAAAAAUGAAGGAAGAUGGAGCAUGUCUUUUCAGAGCAGUUGCUGAUCAAGUAUAUGGGGACCAAGAUAUGCAUGAUGUGGUACGGAAACACUGUAUGGAUUAUUUGACGAAAAAUGCAGAUUACUUUUCCAGUUAUGUCACUGAGGACUUCACCACAUAUAUUAACAGGAAGAGGAAGAACAGCUGCCAUGGCAACCACAUUGAGAUGCAAGCCAUGGCAGAAAUGUACAACCGGCCAGUGGAAGUUUAUCAGUACAGUGUCGAGCCAAUCAACAAGUUCCAUUGCAUCCACGAGAACAACGAUGAGCCGAUUCGUGUCAGUUACCACAAAAACAUCCAUUAUAACUCUGUGGUGAAUCCCUACAAAGCCAGUGUUGGGGUGGGGCUGGGCCUCCCCUCCUUCAAACCAGGGUAUGCUGACCAGUGUCUCAUGAAAAACGCCAUUACGACCUCCGAGGAGUCUUGGAUUGAGCAGCAGAUGCUGGAGGACAAGAAGAGAGCAACAGAUUGGGAGGCCACCAAUGAGGCCAUCGAGGAGCAGGUGGCUCGUGAGUCCUACUUGCAGUGGCUUCAGGACCAAGAGAAGCAAGCGAGACAGCCUCGGAAGGCUAGCGCCACCUGCAGCUCUGCCACAGCCGCCACAUCCAGUGGCUUUGAGGACUGGAGAUGCCAUUCACCCUGUCAGCGAAGCUCCGCCCCCUCUCUAGAGCAUCCAGGCCCAGCUCACCCUGAACCCCCUGUCAAACCUCCUUCCCCAGCAGGAGCCUCGCUGGUUCUUCCCAAACCCCCCUCGCCCUGUGCCCCAGGUCCAAGUCAUCAGUCUUCUGCCAACUCGUCUCUGGUGUCUCUGUACCCAACCCGGGGGUACAGAACUAUAUUGCAGGAUAUGUCACCUACGGCCUUCGGUUUAACAGAUUGGGAAGAUGACAAUGUUCUGGCCUCAGUACUGGCUGCUUCACAACAAGAAUACCUCGAUAGUUUGAAGAAAAAUGCAAUGCACAGAGAAUCUUCUCCAGACUGCAGUUGAUGCACUGGACAACAUAGCUUGCAGCACAAACCACGGAGCAACACACUGUUCCCAGCUGCAUUUCUUUAUUUCAACACCAUGCAAUGUUUCUUCCUCUCCCCUCUUUAUAAAAUCAACUGUAUCCUGAUCUGUCCCUGGGGUGGGAAGCUAACCUGUUUUCCUUAAUUUCAUUAACUCAUGGACCUAGUUAGGUGCAUGUUUAAGAAAACAUUGUAAAAUGUAAUAUUAAAAAUAUCAUCUCAAUUA